CAUUUUUAUGGGUUAUUCCACAGGUACUUUCAUCCACCACAAUGGGGGAACCUCAGCAAGUGAGUGCUCUCCCUCCACCUCCAAUGCAGUAUAUAAAGGAAUAUACAGAUGAAAAUAUUCGGAAAGGUCUAGCCCCUAAGCCUCCACCACCUGUGAAAGACAGCUACAUGAUGUUUGGUAAUCAAUUCCAGUGUGAUGAUCUCAUUAUUCGACCCUUGGAAAGCCAAGGCAUUGAACGAUUGCAUCCCAUGCAGUUUGACCACAAGAAGGAACUAAGGAAACUCAAUAUGUCUAUCCUGAUAAACUUUCUGGACCUCUUGGAUAUCUUGAUAAGGAGCCCAGGCAGCAUAAAACGGGAGGAGAAACUGGAAGACUUAAAACUGCUUUUUGUCCAUGUCCAUCAUCUUAUAAAUGAAUAUCGACCCCACCAAGCCAGGGAGACGCUAAGGGUUAUGAUGGAGGUGCAGAAACGCCAGCGUUUGGAGACUGCUGAGAGGUUUCAGAAGCAUUUAGAGCGAGUUGUAGAAAUGAUCCAGAACUGCCUGGCCUCCUUACCUGACGAUUUGCCUCAUUCAGAGGGAGGGAUGAGGUUAAAAACUGAGCCCAUGGAAAUUGAUGACCGCAACAGUUGUAUUGGACAGAAUGAACAGCAGAGAGAGAGCGCUGGCUGCAAGAAAGAUCAGGUUUUAGACAAAGAUGCUGCUAUGUGUAGCAUUAUUGAUGAGAUGACAUGAAAAGACACUUUUGUAAUUGUAUAAAGUUCUUGGAGGAAAGAAGUGGACUUGAUGCUAGAGGUCAUAUGGUGUGGGGUUUUUCGAUUUAUUUUUCUUCUGCUUUUGGUGUCUAUGUAAAUAAACAAUCACGGAAUUUAGUGUAUAUAAAAUAACCCAGAAGUCUUAUUUUUGUAGUCCUAGGUAAGGAUUUUGCAGGUGACCAAACAAACAGAAGCAUUGCUUGAUAUUUUGUAGAUGCAAUUUGUAUGGUGUGCUGUUCAGAACAGAAAAGAAUAAGUCUUAGACUAUUUUGUUGAAACAAGUGCAUCACGUCAGUUGAAGUAAGCUUUAUUCUGUGGCUUUAUUAUAUUUUCAAUCACUCAUUUGCUGGUUUUAUAGAUGCACUUAUUCCAUGAAAUAUGGGAUUGAGAAAAGAUCAGUCUCUGCAGGGAAUCUGGAGUUGACAAUUUCAAAUAAGUUAAAGGUACCUUGUAAAAAUGUUAUGGUAAAUAACUAUAAAACUAUAUUCUGGUGUAAAAGAUGGGUUUAUUAUUAUUACUGACAAUGUUGGUAGGUCAAAAUUUAAUUCUCUCCUUUUUAGUUUUGUAAAGUCAAUAUAAUCUUCUAAAAGAAUGCUCACUUUAGUGGCUUAAAAAUUUAGUGUUGGUAGCCUGACACUCAUAAGUAACUCUACAAUAAACUCUGUGCAGGAGACAGUCCUGGUAACAAAAUAGAUUUAAAUUUUCCAAGGACUAAUGAGCAGUAAUUCUUUUAAAACAGGAGAUACCUAGAUACUCACUCCUUUAAACAUAACAAGGAAUAUUCUUUAAAUGCUAACUCUUUAUUAAAUGUGUACAUUCACUGAAAAUACCUGAAGUGAGAGCACUCGCCACUUCCCUCUUAGCCCGGAUCAAGACACAGAAUCAAGCCCUGUGUAAAGACAGGAGGAUUUAACCAAUAUUUUUUUAGUAUUCAUUAUUUUCAUCUUGAGAGCACUAACAAAUUAUCCCAGCAAAAAUUCCAUUUUGUACAAAGACUUUACAGCCAGUUUUGAAUGAAACCCAAUCUAAUUCCUUUCAGUGACUGAGAGGUGAGUCAGGCCCUGGUACAGUACAAUUGUUCAACAACAAAAAAAAACUUUUUGUGCACCUAUUUUUCAGAAUGUUGCAGCCUCCCCUUAUCCUUCUCACAUGCUAGAUUCCGUGUGUGCACUAGUAUAUAUCCAUGACUUUUUUUUUUUUCCCCUUGUUCCUUUUAGAAACAUCAUAGACUUUCAGGGAGUAAUGUCAGUGCAAUAUCCAUGCCCUUUGAAAUGAAACAUCAUUGAGUACUAUUUCCCAACUGAAACUAGAGAAGCAUACAUGUUACUCCUACCCACUUAUCCUCUAAUAACAUGCAGGCAGGAAAAACAGGAAGGUUUUAAAAUCAAAACUUACCUUUGCAAACAGAUGAAAAGACUUUUCAGACUUCAAAACCCCUUGAGACUUGUCUCUGAUUAAAUGCUUUGUUUUUAAAAAUUUCACCCACUGUAUCGUGGGCUUAAUGACGGAUUCAAGUCAUUUCAAUGGUGUUGUACAUAAUAUAUUUUUUGGUGCAAAUUCUAGUGGAUGCAAAAACUUCCUAGGUUGACACUGUUGUAAAAUGAAGACCUUCAACCAUGAUCCUCCUCCCAUUGGAGUCAAUGAGAAAUGUUGACACUAAGUUCAGUAGGAGAAGGAUCACACACUUCAAUCACAAAAGUACACUGCUAGCAGUGAUGAAGUGCCUCAAUUGCUGUAGUGAGUUGAGGCCCAUGCCCACCUCUGCUGCCUCUGCCAGUAGAGUCCCCAGUCACCAUGGCGAUCUUUAUCUUGUGGACAGUUGCUGAAAGUAAACAAUGCUUUUAAUAAGUUUGUAGCAGGUAGUGUUGAAAUAAAGGUCAUUCAACUGACGAGUCUAUUAACCUGUGCUUUCUGUAUAAAAUGAAUAUCUGGGUAAGCUCUUUAUUUAGUUCUUAACCCUGAUUAGAGAGGUCUGGAAGUGUUUGGUCAUAGCUACCAAGAAUGACUAGAUCCUGAACUUUGACAUUUAAGGUUCAAAACCAAAUGGCGUAGGUCUCAUCAUACUUGCUCAUUUAUUAAAGUGCCCAAUACCUCUUUUGGGUUUCAAAGGUUGUCUGUGCUUAGUGGUUUCAAGGAAGCUGUAAAUAACAAUUUUGCACUACUCUAACUCCUUAGCUAAGAAAACGUUAAGAUGGGUGGUUCAGAAAUAUGUUUUGUUAAUUUAAAUCUGUGGUCAAGAUUUAAUUUAAUUCUAAGAAAUCUAGUACACAGUCAUGUGACAUGAUUACUGAAAUUUUUGAGGGAUAAAAAGUGAUGUGUGUAAUUUUAAGAUCAUACAAUAAAGUGUCUCAUCUAGUAACA